AUGGACAAGUAUACAUCUCCGGAGAACUGCAUCUCGCUAAAUGUACCGGCCUUUAACAGCCAAAUCUGGGGGUACAUUGGGCUGGGCAUAAGGACCCAGGAGGUGAAGCUCCAGAAAGUAUUAAAAAUUCUGACGUCCGCAAUAACGUCCUAUGCUCGUUCAGUUGAUGGGGUCGAAAUGACCAAUAACCAGCAGGACACACUGGCCCUACUGUGUAACACACAGUAUGAAACAAACUGCCUACAGAAGGACGCCAUCAGACCUGCCCUCAAUCCCAAAUUCGCAGGGUUGUGCAAAACUGCAACUGCACAACCACAAAUACUGCUGUUUGGGAAAGACUUGUCGAAGCAAGUCAAAGAUCUGGAUGAAGAGUCGAAAGCCAAUUUGAAACGGCCUUUGUUGGAUCUGGGAUUAUCGGACAGGACCAUGAACAUGAUCACGGUGGCCUACCGAGAAUCGACUAAGAAGCAGUACCUCUCCAGCAUUCGGAAGUGGGAAGCGUACUGCUCGAGGACUGGGUUUCCCCCUUCCCCUGCUGUAAUCAGACCCUCACUGAGUGAGGCCCAGGUGGUGGAGUUGGUCGGACGGUUGUACGGUCUGAAGGUUUCAAAAGUCAAACCAUUGCCCAGUUACAUGGACCAGAACUUCCACAUCCUGGUGUGCGAGACCCAGGAAGGUGGAGAUCACGGGGAGAGCUACGUCCUCAAGGUUCUGAACACUGCCGAGAGCCAAGACACUGAUUUGAUGGAAGUACAAACGCGAGUCAUGAUGUUCCUAAACCAGAAAGGUUUUCCUACAGCCACACCAAUCCCAACCAUUGAUGGCAAGAUUCUGUCCCUGGAGACAAUCAGUUGUGGUGAAGAAUAUAAGAACUACAUGGUACGCUUGUUGACCUACCUGCCAGGAACUCAACUACUGGGGAUCCCUGCAGACCCACAGAUCUUGUACAAAAUUGGCCGAACACUUGCUCAGAUUAACAAAGCUCUGACAGAAUUCAAGCACACCAACAUUAAGAGUCUGCAGCGAGAUUCCUACAUCUGGAACCUUUCAAACACUCACCAGCUGCACAAGUACCUGUUCGUAGUGAAGAACACCAGCGAUCGCCAAAUUGUGGAGCAAAUUAUUCAGCAAUUUAUGAAGAAGAUACUUCCAAAUAUCAACAACUUUCAUAAAAAUAAGUGCCUAUCUUUCUUGAUCAUGAGGCCUCUUCAUUCAUCAGCUGAUUGCUGCAACGUAGCAGGUCACAUGCAGCAGGAGCUGGAGAUUUCUGGCAUCCUGGACUUUGGCGACACGGCUUGUGGUUACUAUGUGUGUGACUUGGCCAUCUGCAUAAUGUACCUCAUGCUGGACAGCGAAGACCCCCUGCAUGUUGGAGGCCAUAUUCUCGCAGGUUUCGAGAGUGUGAUCCCUUUAACUCUCCAGGAAAGGGAUGCCUUGUAUUUGCUGGUUCUUUGCAAGUUUUCCCAGGCGCUGGUUUUCGGGACAUAUAAUAUUCUGCGUUACCCAGACAAUGAAGAGUCACCCAGAGAGUUGUGA